AUUCUGCUAUAAAUAAACAAAAUUGAGACUCACUAUUACAAAUUCAACAAAAAUGGUUAAACUAGUGGGUGUCUUGACGGUUUUAACAGUUUUUAUAUUAUAUUAUAGUGCUGCUAUAGCAGAAGAAACUAAUUUACCAAUAGUAGAACUUUCAGAUGGACAAAUUGAGGGAAGAGAAUUUCCCAUAGAUGAAGAAAGAAAGUAUUAUGGUUUUAUCGAGAUACCUUACGCCAAACCGCCAAUAGGAGACCUCAGAUUCAAGGAACCACUUGCGAAUGACAAAUGGGAAGGGAUCAGGAAAAGUCCCUUCAAUGCUGCUAUGUGUAUGCAAAAAUCUGAAGGGGGGUCUGAGGAUUGUCUUUUUGUGAACGUGUUUUCGCCAGAUCUUUCCAAAAAAAAUCUCCCUGUGAUGGUAUGGUUACACGGUGGAGCCUUUAUUUACGGUUCCUCCUCGGAAUUUUCGCCAAAAUAUUUGAUGGAAACGGGGGAAGUAAUGGUAGUGACGCUGAACUACCGUUUGAACGUGUUUGGAUUUUUGUCCACGGGAGACAGCGUCGUACCGGGCAACAUGGGAUUGAAGGACCAACUUUUGGCGUUGAAAUGGGUACAAAAAAAUAUCGAAAAUUUCGGGGGCGACCCCAAUAAAGUCACCAUUUUCGGACAAAGCGCUGGAGCAGCUUCCGUCUCCUAUUUAAUGCAGAGCCCCAAAUCUGAAGGACUCUUCCAUAGGGCUAUAAUGCAGAGUGGUUCAUCUUUAUGUGCUUGGGCUUUAUAUAGAAAUGCCGGGGAACAGGCCAAGUAUCUAGGAGAAAAAUUACAGUUGAACACAGAAUCUUCGGAUUUGUUAGUAGAAGAUUUAAGAGCUUUAUCCGCUGUAGAUUUGCAAAAGCAAUCAGCUAGUGUGUACUUAACAGAUACUAUUGCUUCUAAUAUUCUAAAUGGACACCUUUUUGUGCCUGUAAUCGAACCCGAAUCGGAAACAGCGUUUUUCACGGAAAAAAGUCAUCAAUUGCUUUUGGAAGGUAGACAUCACAGAAUACCAACCAUAGUAGGCUAUAACUCCCUAGAAGCCAAAAGUGCUGAUAUUCUGCCAGAAAUGGCAACCGAAGUUUUACAAAAAUACGAAUAUCCGGAGAAUCUAGUACCGGCUGGUAUGAACGUAACCGAGUCAAUAACAAAAAUGAUUGCAGGACUAAAAAUUAAGUUAAAGUAUUUUGGACUUGGUUUUGCUUCUUUAAGCCCCAACUCAGAUUUAUUACAGUUCAUCAGUGACGACCAAUUUAGUAGAGCAAUCACUGAGAUGGGUAGUUUAUUAUCAAAAUAUGCCAACACGUAUUUCUAUAUUUUCUCUUAUGAAGGAAUAUUACCGAAAUCUUUCAAGAGAAACGGGGUUGGCCACUUUGAGGAGUUGCCUUACAUAGUCCAAGUUAAAGAAUUACCUGAACAUGGUUUAAUUGUUAGGCAAAGAAUGGUGAGGUUGUGGGUAAACUUUGCCGUUACAGGAAACCCCACACCAACUGAAAACCCCCUCCUGGGAAACGUUAUUUGGAAACCAAUGUCAAAAGACAAUGAAAUGUCUUAUUUGAACAUAGACACAGACUUAAAAGUGAAAAAUUAUCCAACAAAGGAGGAAGUCGUUUCGGUGGAGGCAUUCGGCGCCGGAUGACUUUUGAGCAUGCCCAUGACGCUUUUGCCGUGAUGACCUGCGCCCCUUAUCAGUAGCGCCUUGGUGCGCGAGUGGCGCCAGGUUAUGGUGGGGAUACGGCCCUGCCUGUAGCACCUACAGAAACGUCUUAUGCUCUCGUCGGUUACGGCUGCAGGAACCACCAGUAAUGCUGGAUAACUACAAAGAAGUUUAAGUC